CCAGUUGUCUGUUGACAAAUGUGACCAAUGCAUAUCUCUGUCCCGUCGCCAAAUGGAAUAAAAUGUAACUUCAGAGGAUUUUGUCGAGGUAACGAAGCUUCAGGUGGACUUUUCAUGAAGCUGUGAAUCCACUCUAAACUGGAACCAUGCUGAAAUGGUUUUCUGGAGAAGAGGGGGAGCCUGGCUCUAUGGGCCCCGGCUCUCCCCGGGGUACUGCUGCUGCUGCUGCAGGUGGAGAGGUCGCUGUAGAAGAAAUGUCAGAACGCCUCACUCAAACUGAGCAGCUGGUCGCUCAGCUGAAAGAGUUGAUCCGGGAGAAGGAUGCAACACUACGCUCCAAAGACGACCAACUAAAGGUGGAGAAAGAAACAUGCGAGGCCAAACUGUCGAAGCUGCGUCUGCAGAACAAAGCAAAGGUGACCUCCCUCACCACACAGCUGGAGGAGCUGAAGAAACAACAGGGAGGUCAGGGCACGCCCACGCACGGCAAAAAGGGGUCGUCAGAAGGAGGGGAGCACGCCAGUCGAGGAAAAAUUGUCCUGCUCAAGAAGAAGGUGGAGGACUUGGAGCAGCAGCUGGCACACAGAGUGGAGGAACUGGACAACAAGGUGAGGGAGGUUGAGUUCCAGCGGCAGCGAGGUGAAGAAAUGGACGCCAUGCUGACGGAGAGGGACAGGAAGCUGGCAGAAAAAGAGGCGUACAUUGUCCACCUGCAAACAGCGUUAGCAGGAGAUCAGCCAGUUGCACCUGCACUACAACAAAAGGUGUCAGAGGACAGCGGGGCGAUGCAGGAGCUGCAGCUGCUGGUGCAGACUCUGACCAGGAAGGUGGGAGAGUCUGAGGAGAGCUCCAGUCUGCUGCAGGAGCAGGCGGACAGCCUCAAAGAGCUGCUGGACUCAGAGAAGGAGCAGUACAGUCAGAAGGAGAGCAUGUACAAACAGAACAUCCAGACAUUCAAAGACAUCAUUAUUCAGAAGGAUAACCAGCUGAUGGAGAUUAACCAGAUGCACGAACAGGAGCUCUUCAAGCUUGCAGCAAAGUCUGACGCCAGCGCAGACUUGGAGCAGCUUCUCAAGGCUCUGAAACAGAAGCUCCACGAGAAGGAGGAGGUGCUUCUGGGUAAAACUCAGGUCAUCGACGUUCUCCAGGGAGAGGUGGACGGCAGGGACCAACAGAUAAAGGAGCUCCAGGAGCGACUGCGGCGGCUACAGGUAGAGCGAGAGAGCCUGGAAUCAAAGAUGGAGGCGGAGAAGCAUGUGAUGAGGGCGCAACUUCGCGACCUGAUGGAGAAGCAGAGGACGGAGGUGCAGCGAAUGACAGAGCAGCAUGAGGCACAGAUGACCCAGACGCAGCAGGACCUCCUGGGACAGCUGGACGAGCUGAGGAGGGCUUCGUUAUCAGCGCCGCCUGCCAGUCAGGAGGCCUCGAGGAGCGGAAACAUGCUUUCAGAUUCAGCAUCGACCGAACGGGUGGCUGAACUGGAAGCCCAAGCAAAACAAAAAACAGAAGAAGCCAGCCGAUCGGAGGCGAAGUUCCUGAAAAUGAAAGCAUGGUCGAAAUCUCGGAUCAGACAGCUGGAGGAGGAGCUGAAGAAGAGCCAGGCUGGCGUUGCCCCCCCUGACCUGAACGCCUUACGGAGUCAGAUCACGGCGCUGGAGGAGGAGAGGGAGGAAAACGUCUGGAAGGUGGAGCAAUACGAGGAGCUCAAAGCAAAGAACGAAAUGCUGGAGGCUAAGCUGGUUGUGUACGAGGAGCAACAGAGGACACUACAAGCAGACCUGGAGCAGUUCACCAAGAGGGCUGCUUCUCAGACAAGUGAGUCGGGCAGCGCCGACGACACUCAGAGCCAGGUGCUGGAGUGGCAGGAGAUGGUAACCGAGGCGGUCAGCGCCAGAGACCGCGCCAAGGAGGAGAAGGCUGCCAUGGCGCUCCGCAUCAGCCACAUGGAGGAGGAAAGAGAGGGACUGAUUGAGGAUGACUGGUUCUUUCCUGGCUGCUCCGAUCCAGCUCUGGCCUCUCGGCAGCAGGAGUUGGAGGAGGAGCUGGCUCAAGCCCGGGGGCUCGGCCACCACAGGGCCAAGAAGAUGACAGCUCCGGCCCAGAGAAGCCUGCAGGAGGACUUUGAGUUUGACGGACACGCCCCGUUCCAGGACCCGCGGAGCCCCUCUGAGAGCACAACCCCGAUGGAGGGAGAGAACAUGGGAGGUUGGUGGCCCGAGUUCAGUUCUCCUGACACAGAUGGUUUGCGUUCGGUUGUGGAGGAGCUGGAGCUGGAGAGGAACCAGCUUCAGGAGCAGAUCCUGAGCCUGGAGGAGCGCUGCCAAGACCUGGAGGAUCGACUGCAGCUGCAGGCUCGCAUCGAGUCGUUACAGAACGAGUCGGACAAACUGCAGAGCCAACUGGCCAGCAUCCGAAGUCAACAGAGCAGAGAUGCAGAGAAGCAUCAGCUGCUGGUGAGCAGCCUCAACGAACAGCUCAAAGGACUGAGUGACACACAAGAGUGUCUGGAGAGUUCUCUCAUCGAGAAGGAGAACACGUUGGCCAAGACGUCGGAGAAGCUGGAGCUCAUCAGCAGCCUCCGAGAGUCUCUGAGUGACAAAGAAGUUCAGUACAAAGAAGUGUCGGACAAACUCCUUCACACGGAGCACACUCUCGAGAAUGUUUCUAAGAAAUGCAGCAGCUCGGAGAAACGGUGCUCUGAGUUGAAGACAGAAGUUGUGGACUUGACGCAGAAGCUGAAUGCGCUGAAGGAGAAGGCACAAAAGCAGGAAGUGACCAUUGAGACUUUACAAAGUGACCUCGAUCAGACGAACGAGGAGCUGGACAAACUGAACACCGCCUACUUGCAGGAGCGAGCGCAACUCAUCCACGAUCUCCAGAGCUGCGAGCGGGAAAUCGACAGUCUGAAAGAUAUUCUCGUUGAAAAGGACAAAGAGAUUUCCACCCUCUCUGGCAACAUGGCGGAGUACGCCGAGCAGAUCGCGGUGCUGAAGCAGGAGAUCAAACUGAAAGACGAGCACCUGGUUCACGUGGAAACGGCGCUGAGUAAAGCAGAACAGGAGUCCAGGAUUAUGAGGGAGUCGCAGAGUUCAGACCAGCAAGCCUUGGACAGCAAGAUGACGGAGCUGAUCGAGAACCUGAAGCAUGCUGAGGCCGAGUUGAUCAAGGCCAAAGAGGAAGGAGAGUCUAAAGGGACUGAGGUGGAUCAUCUGAUCCAGCAGACGGAGGAGGACAAGAAGACGAUUCAGGAGCUUCGAGGGGAGGUCCAGAAACAUCUUGUGAGCCACCGUAAUCACCUCUCUGAAUGUGAAUCUCACAUAACUGCACUGAAGGAGCAGCUGAAUGUCUCCACCCAAAAGCUGCAGGAGUCAGAGGGGCUCAUUUUGCAGCUCAAGGAGAGAAGUUCAAGCAGUGAGCAACUGCAGCAACAUCUGAAUGAUAAAGAGCAGGCACAUGAGAAAGAGCUGAAAUCUCUCAAGGAUGAGCAGAACAAACUUGUUGUACAGGUGGAAAAGUACGACAAUGAAAUGCAGACGUUGUCCAAACAAUUAGAGGAGCAGGUACAGAGCGAGGAGCAGGUCAAGAAGGACAUGCAAGAGAAACUGGAAACCAUAACAUCUCUGGAAAACCGACUGAAGGAAACUGACAAAGAGCUGCAGGUCCGGGAUUCAGAAAAGGAAAAGCUGAGCAAAGAGCUUCAAAGUAAAUCUGACAAUGUCUCCAAACUCAAGAAUGUAUUAAAAAACAUAAAGACCGAGAAGGCUCAGCUGCAGGACAAACAGACGGCGCUGAAAAAGGAGCUGGAGCUGCAGAAGCAGAAUGUAAAUCAACUGAAAGAAAAGGUUCAAUCUGUCUCUGAACUGAACGCCAGUCUGGAGAAUCAAGUGCAAUGCCUUAAAAAAGAGAAGGAGAAACUUGAACUGGAAGUUAGUGAAAAUGUUAAAACAAUGUCAGACGUGACAGCUGAGAAAGAUUCCCUGCUAGCCAGAUUAUCUGCAUUGGAAACCCAGCAAACACAAAACAACGGGAUCAUCGACGGGCUGCAGAAAGACAAAGAGGAACUGACUGCUCAAACUCAGGAGUUAAACCGAGUUCUUGAGCAGAGCACGCACUCAAACUCGGAGAUUCUCCUGGAAAAAACGAACGAAUGUAGUCACCUGAAGCAGUCACUCAGGGACAGAGAGGAGGCGGCGACUCAGCUGCAGGAGCGAGUGCAGAACUUGACUUUGAAGAUGGAGCAGCUCCAGCAUGACGCGGCAGAUAAAGAGCAGACCGUCAGAGAUCUGCGAGCGCAAACAGAGGCACAACAAAACGAGCAAAGACAACUUCAGGAAACGCUCUCGCUGCUACGAGAGCAGGACAGCGGUCUGAAGUCCGGGCUAACUCAGAUGGACGCAGCGUUGAAAGAGAAGCAGGAGGAAAUAUCACACCAGAAAAAUCUAGUGUCAGAGCUACAAGCAGAAAUGGGAUUACUCAAAGAGGAACGCUCACAACUUCAGCAGCAGAUAAAAGAGAGGGAAGAAGUGGUGCAGGAUGUGAAGCAGCAGUGUGACGGACACAAAGAGGAGCUCGAUGAGAAAAAUAAGAUGAUUAAGUCUCUGAGCGGUCAAAUCGCAGCGAUCGAGGAAAACUCCAGAAAGCUUGAGUCUGAAGCAGAGCUGAGGCGGGCAGAGGCGACUGGCUUACACAGUCAAAUCCAGGCGCUGAGCGAGGACAACAACCAGCUUCGUGCUGCUUGUGAAUCCAGAGAAAAAGAGAUUUCUCAGCAGACGCAGGCUCUGUCAGACCUCCAUGGACAGCUUCAAGCCACCUUUGAGCAGAACUCCAGUUUUAGUGUAAAGAUUAACAGCCUGACGGAAGCGAAUCAGAAACUACAAGAGGAGUUAGCCGAGAAUGUGAAAUCUGUUUCUGAACUCACCAGAGAGAGAGGUUUACUCCAAGAGCAAAAAUCUGGCCUUGAAAUUCAAAACGCGGAGGAUCAUAAAACAAUCGAAGGUCUGCUUAAGGAGAAGGAAACACUCACGUUUGCAGCUGAGGAGUUAAAAAAGAUCCUCAAGGAAAGUGAGGAGUCGAACUCUGCAGGUUUGCUUGAGAAGACGAGUGAAUGUGCAAGUCUUUCAAAAACGUUACAGGAGAGAGAGGAAGAACUUCAAAGUCUUCAAGAGCACAUGGAAGGCUUGAAACUCCAAGUCGGUCAACUCAACGUGUCUCUGAAGGAGAAAGAACAAACAGUGUCACAUCAGAGUUCACAGCUUGAAGCUCAGCAGAACCAACUGCUGCAACUUCAGGACACCGUCUCCAUGCUUCAGGAGCAAGGAUCUGUCCUCAAGCCGGCGCUGAUGGAGAAAGACACGAUGCUUCAGCAGAAAUCAGAGGAGUGUAGCGUGUUACAGAACGAGGCCAUGCAGCACAAAGGUCUCUUAUCACGGAUGCAGAGCGAGGUGGAAUCUCUCCGCCAAGAGUGUUUGGAGAAAACACAGCAGAUGGAGCAGAGAGAGCAGGCUUUAAAGGACGUCAGCACGGAGCUGCAGAGCCACAAAGAGGAGCUGAAUAAAAGAAACGAGUCAGUGAUCUCACUCAGCAGUCAGCUCGGGGCCAUGAAUGAGAACUCUGCAGAGAUGGAGGGUGAACUAAACGACCUAAAGGCUGCAGUGCAGAAACUCACAGCAGAAAACCAUCAGCUGACACAAGAAGACGAGCAGAGGAAAGUAGACAUCGUCGAUUUUAAAGAUAACAUUCAAGCACUGAAUGAGCAGAGCACAAGAUUUAAAUGUGAGCUCCAGAAAACGAUCACUGAGCUGUCCAAGGUACAGAAAGAAGGAGAAGAACUCAAAGAGGAACUCAGGGUGAUGCACGCAGAGAAGGAGACUCUUCAUUUGACCAUGCAGGGUCGAGACGGUUCCCUGAAACAGCAGGAGGAUUUCAUCCAGCAGCUCAACAGCAGGAUUGUCGAGCAGGAGGAGCUGAUUAAACAGAAAAGUGCACAAGUGUCAGAGCUGGAAGAUUCAGUGUGUAAACUCAGAGGUCAGGUUGACAGCCUGACGUCAGAGUCGUCACAACUGAAAAAUACUUUAGAGAAAAAGGAGCAGUCAAGUCUUGAAUAUCGAAGUCAUUCGUUAGCCACAGCUGAAAAUCUCAAUUCAAAUCUGAAAGCCAAAGAGACCGAGUGUGAGAGCUUAAAAGAACGGGUUUCACACCUCGAAGAAUCGCUCACAAAGCUCAACAACUCCCUCCAUACACAGAAAUCUGAGGCUGAGCAUCUGAGUAAGACUCUGGAAGAGAAAGAUGCAUCUCUUUUAGACCAAUCCAUGUCUCUCCAGGAUGUUCAGAGAAGAGCGGACGAGGCUUUGCUCUUCAAAUCCCAGUUCAUGGAGAGCACGGAGCUGGUGUCGCAGCUCCAGAGUCAGAUUCAGUUACUGUCCACCGAGUCUGAAAACCUCAAGGGGUCGGCGGAGGAAACGCAAAGUGCCUUUAACAACCUUCAAGAGAAAUACGCAGCUAACUUGGAGGAGCUGCAAGGCGUGAGGAAGCAGCUGUCCCAAAGGACUGAUGAGGUGUCAAACCUUCGGAAGUUAUUGGAUGAUACAAAUACAGAACAUGAGACGGCAAAGAGCGCCGUAGAAACUCUGAGGAACGAGUUAUCUGAGAUCCAUCACAAACUUCAAACGACUGAAGAGCUAAACUCGAGUCUGUCAAAGGAGAAGGAUGAAGCUUUGGCUUCUCAUCAAAAGAGCGUGUCUCUGCUGACGGUCGAAAUAGAAAGACUCAAAUCUCAGCAUCUUCAAGUCGUGGCGCAAAUGAACGCCCUGACAGAAAACCUCGAGCAGAGAGAAAUGGCGCUCCACGCAAUCAACAGCCAGUACACGUCUCAGGCCAAACACACAACUCAGCUGGUCUCAGAAAUGCAGAAACUCGAGGAGCAAAAUAAGAGACUGAACAAGGAGAUCAACUCGUCCAAGCACGAGCAUCAGAAGCUUCUUACAGCCAGGGAGAGCCUGCGAGCAAAGGUUAGUGCCAAAGACGAAGAACUCUCUGAGUUAAAAGACACCAUUCAGAAGGUAGAGCAGAUUCUGCAGGACUCUGAGAAAGAGUGGCUGCUAGUCCUGGAUAGAGAGAAGCAGGAUAAGAGUCUCCUCGCAGAGCAGUUAAAAAGUGUUGAGAAUGAAAUGAAAUCUAAAGAUGUCAAAGUUAACGCUUUGAAGCAAGACUUGGACGGUUUGCAGGAGAAGCUGGCUGAGGCGUCCUCUGCCAUUAGACAUGGUUCUGAUCAGUUGAGCGCUAAAGAGUCAGAGGCCUCAGCGUCCAGGAUUCAGCUGGAGAGGGUUUUAGCUUCUGUCCAGGAGAAGGAUAAUAUAAAUAGUGAUUUACAAAAGGCCUUAAGAGCCGCAGAACAGGAGUUACACAAACUUUUAUCUUUUAGCAAAGACUCCUCUGUCUCGUCAACGAUCACGUCUGAAAGUGCAGCAGAAAAAUCCUCUUUGCAGGAUAUGAUAAAACAGUUACAAGAAGGGCAUCAGUGUGAGGUGGAGGCUUUGAAAACCGAGCUGAAUAAAACAGUGACACAGCUACAAGAGACAGAGGAAACACUCAGUGCAGGACAGAGGAGUAACGAGGAGAAGGGUGAAAAAGUUUCUCUUUUCCAAGAGAUGGUAGAACAUCUGCAGACGCAGCUCAGCGCUGAAUCAGAGAGACUGACAGCAAAAGAAGAGCAGGUUGACUGCAUGAGCGUUCAGAUAAGUCAGCAGAAGGAGUUACUUGCAGGACUUAGUCAGCAGCUAAGGGAUAAAGAUGCAUCCAUCGCCCAAGUCAUGGAGGCGGCCUCCAAUGAGAGGAUGAAACUCGGUGAGGAGAACACUGCCCUGAAAGCUCAGAUGGAACAGCUGGAACAAGAUUACAAGAUCUCCAUGAAGAGGCUCGAGGAGGUGUCACAGCAGUUAGAGGAACGUACAUCACACUCUCAAAGUGAAAUGGAGACCAAGAACUCUGAGACGCUCGACCUGAUGAAAGAGAAUGCCGACCUGAAGAGCGAACUAUCGAAGGUCUCCAAAGAAAAAGACGGGACCAAGAAGAAGCUGCAAGCUGCUCUCCUAGUGAGAAAAGAUCUGUUGAAGAAAAUAGAGCGAUAUGAAAGUGAGAGAGAAGAGAAUGAACACGAUAAAAGUGAAGUCUCUCUUUUAGAAGAUAAAGUACAGGAAGCUUCAAAUCAAGCGCAAGAAUCUGCAAAAAUGUUUGAAGAUAAGGUUUCUCUGCUGGAACAGAAUAUUCUUGAGAAGGAGGAAGAGAUGAUCAAACUCAAAACAGAAAGUGAAAGACUCGUUGAUCACUUACAGUCUGAGAAACGUACUCUGCAAGAAACUUUGCAUGAAAACGAAGGGUGUUUGUCUGAAGCUCUGCAAACUGUGACUGAGAGGAGCUCCCUCCUGGAGCAGCUGCAGUGCAGUGCUGCCGAGAAGGACGAGGCUCACGAGCGGGACAGACACAUCUGGAUGCAGAAAGUAGAAGAGCUCCAAAAUGAAAUGAAGACAUGCAAAGAGGAGUUACAGGACAAAUCCACGAGCGCUGACGCUGCUGUAGAUCUAGAAAACGAGCUUGCAAAGAUGAAGCUUGAGAAGGCGACGCUGCAGAAAAAGGCCCAGGCCGCCUUGCUGGCACGCAAAGAGACGAUGAAGAAAGCUCAAGAAAAUGAAAAGAAAUUAACUGAGCUGAAUGAGCUGAAAGACGACUACAAGGCGCUUCUGGAACAACGCUGUCAGCAGACCAACGAGCUAAACGCCGUCCAGUUGAACUUCGACGAGACGCUACGAGAGCUGGAGGAUCUCCGUCACACCUCUCUGUCAGAGCGAGACGAACUGGGCGCUCUGAGGCAGCUCGUUGAAGAGAGAGAUAAAACUCUGCAGGAUCUGAAGAUGUCCCUGGCUGAGAAGGAGAGUCAGUGCCAUUCUCUAGCUGACUUACAAACCGAACUGGAAAAUGUUAAAUCCAGAAAUGAGAGCAUGUCUCUGGAGAUGGCGAGUCAGUCUGAGACCCUGCUGGUCGUGGAGCACAGAGCAGAGGAUUGGAAAUCAAAAGUUCUCACGAUGGAGGAUGACUUAGAGAAAGCUCGCGCAGAAUUAAAAGAGAAAACUGAAGAAGUGGAGAAAUACAAGGAGACGAUUAAACAUGCCGAACUAAAGAUCCACGAAGAGAAGCAAGCUUUAUUUAAUGAAAGGAACGCGUUGGAGACGCAGCUUAGCAUCUCUCGGUCGGCACUGGAAGAACAUGAAGAGAAAAAACGACUUUUGACGGAAGAAAACAAAGCGCUUGUGGAGAAAAGGACUCGGAUGGAAGUGGAUCUGGAGGCGGCAGCUGCUUCGCUCUCGCAGAAGUCCUCAGAGGUUGUGAGCAUCCAGAAGACUUUAGCAGAAACACAACAGCAGCUCAGUGAGGACAAAAUAGUUUUAUCAAAGGAGCGUGAGGACGCACAACUGCAGAGCACUGAGAGACUGCAGAAUUUGUUGAUGCAGGAGAAAGAGAACGCUCUGAGUGUAAUCGAUAAACUCAGAGACGAGGUGAGCACUCUGAGGAGGCAGCUGAAGGAGGCGGAGAAUGUAAAUGAACAGCUGCAUCAAAGAAAACAAGAAGACGUUAACAAAGAAGACGACGUCAGUUUGUCUUGUAAAUGUGCUGAAAACUUUGAAGUGAAGCUCAAGGAGAGGGACAAUGCCUUGUUAAUAUCGCAGGCUCAAGUUUCAGAAAAGGAAGAACUGAUUACUGCACUUGAACUGCAAUUACAGCAGCAAAUCAAAGUCCAUGAAAAGGCCAUUGACAGGAUGGGAAAAGAGGCAGACGAGCUUCAGAAAUCUCAUGGAAAUGGCACCAAGACGACUGAGCAGGACAGCCAGAGCAAAAUCGCUCUCCUCACCAGGAGACUUCAGGCAGCUUUGCUUUCCAGGAAAGAGCUCCUGAAGGAAAAUGCAUCACUUAAGGAAGACAUAGAAAAGCUCUCGGCCAAACAGGAAGCUAAAGAAGCAGAGUUUAGUUCUCUGGAAUCAUCUCUUUCAAAGUUAAAACAACAAAAAAUGGACCUGGAGAACAGGGUGUUGUCUCUAAGUAAGGAAAAAGAAGAGCUCAGCUGUGAAGCCGAUGGCAUCUGCAACGAUAACCGCAGUCUUUCAGCAGCAUGUGAGAGUUUGAAACUAACCAUAGAAAACAUCACCCAGCAGAAAGAAGCAUUCUCCUGCCAGCUCGAAUCUCUGAAGGACUCUCAAACGGACGAGCUCUCCAAGUGGAAGUCCAGGCACGCCGAGCUGAAGCAAGAGUACGAGUCUCUUCUACAGGCGUAUGAAAAUGUCAGCAGCGAGAUGGACAAGAUGAGGCAGCUUUUGGAGGGGGCCAAAAGAGACAGACAGGAAGCUCUCCGAAAAGUCCACAAACAUGACAGUGAGAUGGAGGCUCUGGAGAAACAGGUGAAAGAGAUGGAGGAGGAAAACGGGAGGAUCAAAGAGAGGAUGCACAAAUUCUCCAAAGACAAGAGGCAAAAGAUUGAAGAGCUGGAGGAGGAGAAUCGGAAACUCAGAGAGGAGCUGAAUGAACUUGAAGAAAAUUACAAAGUGUCGACGUGCAAACUGAGCGAUACCAAUCAACAACUGGAGGCUGAGAUUUGCAAACUGAAAGAGUCCUCAGAGGGUCUAACGGAGAAACUCGCUGAACUGCAGGAUGAAAGUAACCAGCUCGCAGGAAAAGUUGAAGAAGCGACCUGUUCGUUGGAGAAGAAGGACUUGGAAUCAACGUACACAUGUAACAUGCAGCUGAAACUCGAUGAAGCACUCGGUUUAAAUAACUCGCUCACCGCACAGAUCGAAGCCCAGAAAACAGAACUGGGUGCUCAGUUUGAAAUCAACAAUCUGCUGCAAAAGGAGAAACAAAAUCUUUCUGAAAGGAUUGAGAAUAUACAGACUGAUCACGAUCUGCAGUUGGGAAAGAAAGAUGACGUCGUUAAAGAGCUGAAAGACGUAAUCAACAAACACAGCCAAGAGACGAUCAGCCUGAAUGAGAAGGUGAGGAUCUUGGAGGACGACAAGUCUCUCCUGCAGGAGGAGCUCGAAAAUGUUCAGGAGACUUCAGACAAGGUAAAAAAUGAAAACGAGUAUUUGGAGACUGUGAUCCUGAAGAACUCUGAGAAGAUCGACGAACUGACCGAGUUGAUAGCUUUGCUGCAAACCCAAAAGACGCAGCUGUCGUCUCAGUUAGCAGCAAGCGAGGAGACGAGCAGCCGAGUUCGUCAGGAAAAGGAGAAGGAACAGCUUAAAUUAGUGCGGGAGUUUGAGGAGAAACUCAAGUCGGUUCAGAGAGGCAAUGAGGGCUCCAACAACGUGAAGAUGGAGCUGAGAGAGCUGCUCAAAGAGAAGCACCAGGAGAUCAAUCUGUUACAGCAGAACUGCAUCCAAUACCACGAGGUGAUUUUAGAUCUCGAGAGCUCUUUGAAGACCUUGCACUCGGCGUGUGAACAGCUGGAGAAAGAACUCAAGAAAAGCUCAGAGAAAAUAUCCGUUUUAGAGGAGAGAGGUAAAGAAGUUGAAACCGAGCUGGUCAAGCACAAAAAGCUCCUCCAGGAAGCCAGCGAGAAGAUCCUGAGUGUUGAGAGUGAACGAGACCAGCUGGCUCUGGUUGUUUCACAGGAAAGUAAAAAGUCUGAGGAACAGUGGAUGGAGGAAACUAAAUCACGACAAAUUAAAGAAGAGAAACAAGCUCAUACCUACAUGGAGAAUCAGCUUGUGCUCCAGCAGCAGAUAGAGGACCUCAUGGACCUAAAAGACAAAGAGAGUCAGAGAGUAAACGAACUGAGGCAGGAGCUGGACUCUCAGGAUCUUCAGAUAAAUAUUCUAAAGAGAGCAGCAGAGACCAAUGAUGCCAAGCUGUCGGCUUUAUCCGCCGCUCCCCAGGGUGCAGAGGCCACCAAACUGUGGAACGAUCUGUUCCAAAAGACGUUACACGAGAAGGACAACCAGCUGCUGGAGCAGGGUUUCGUGAUCAAGCGGUUCCUCGAGGACAUGAGGGCGAAAGACAAAGAGGUGAACGAGCUCCGAGUGACCAAGUCGAGACUGGAGAGGACACUCAACGAAUACUCGAUCGCUGCAGCAGCACAGCAGAGACAGCUGUUUGUCAUGAGUGCAAGUAACGCUGAAUAUAGUGAAACUGUGGAACUUCUGGCUGUGCAGGUAAAGGAGCUAAGUGCUCACGCUGAUAGAACAGAACAGGAUAAAAACGCUCUGAGCAGACGGCUUGCCGACAAAGAAGAUGUGAUGUCCCGAAUGCAGCUGAAUCUCCAGCAAACGGAGAAGCUAAACGCAGACUCAGACGCUCAGCUGCUCCUUCUACAGACUAAAACUGACCAGCUGCAGGCUGACUUUGAGAAGCAGGAGGGGAUUUCUCUGCAGCUAAAAACUCUCCUGCAGAGCAAAGAUGCCGAGAUCUCCUCCCUGCUGUCCUCUAGAGACGGACAGAUGUCCGGAUAUCUGGAACAACUCCACGCUAAUUAUGGCAAGCAGGUAGCGGUGUACGAGGACCGUUUAGCAUCUUCACGCUACCAACGAGAAAAGGCCGACAAAGAGCUGCGGGCGCUGGAAGCCAAGGUGAAAAGUUUGCAGAUCAUAGUGAACCGGUCUGUGCAGGAGAAGGAGCAGACGGCUGCUCAGAUGGACUCCCUGAAGAACUCGAUGGUGUCUCUACAGAGCGAACGUGAGAGACUGGUGUCAGAAUACAGAAUACUUGAAGCGAAGAGUCAGCUGGGAUUAACGGGUAAAGACGGCUCUGCUGACGGUGAAGGCGGUGCCACUAAAGGCCUUAAACAUGAAAUCAGGAAACUGUUGCAUCAAAUGGACGAUCUGAACUCGGAGAACGCUAUGCUCAGGGCACAGCUAGUCCGUUACAGAGAGGACCUGAAUCAGGUCUUAUCCCUGAAGGACAACCAACUAAGGGGGCUGCUGAAGAAGCAGCAGGAUGUCAUCAAAAAUCUUGAAAACCAAAAAGCUGCAGCUGAACAGCAGGAAAGAGAGUCUCGGCGUGAACUCCAAAAGGAGGAAGAAGAAAGCAGUGCUCAGAAAGCGGAGAUUUCUAAACUCAAAGCUCAGGUUUCAACACAGGAAACUCAAAUAUUAACUCUGAAGAAGGAGAGAGCCAUGACGGAUGAGGGCAGGGUGAUUGGUGAUUUGCAGGAUGCGGUGGCGGCAAAAGCAGCUGAAUGUUUUGACCUUCAGCAGAAGAUUCUCGCUCAGAAAACACUAACCGAUGAGCUCAAGGGAAAAAUGAAGCUGUUGGAAAAUGAAACGGAGAAGACACUGGCUGAAGCUGAGGACAAAUACAACAGUGAGCUGGACACUUUUGAGCGCGAGGUGCAGGUGAUGAGGAACGAGCGAGAGACGGCCGAUCAGAGGGUGGCAGAGCUCGCUAAAGACCUCGUUGACAUGGAGCAGCAGUUGUCGGCGGCUCAGACACAGAGCAAAGAAUCAAGAGCUCAGAAUGAGUCUCUGUGCAAAGCCAUGGUUGCUCUGCAGGAUGACAGAGACCAGCUCAUUGAAGACUUCAAGACCCUGAGGAACAGAUACGAUGAAGAACUCAGAGAGACUCAGGCAGCCCUGAACAAGGUCGAGCGCAGUCUGCAGGACGCCAUCUCUGACUUGGCGAUGGUCGCCAAGGAGAGGGACAUCCUCGUUCAUAAAUCGAAAGCUUUAGAGAGCAAAGACGCUCCAGCAGAGUUGAACAGGUUGAUGGACGAGCUGUCGAAGGCUUUGUCGGAGAAGGAGAGGGAACUGAAGCAGGUCGUGCAGGAAAACAACUCUUACAGCCGGCAGCUGUCAGCCUUCUCCAGAUCCAUGGCCAGCCUCCAAAACGAUCGGGACAGACUGAUGGACGAGCUGAGUGGAGCCAAAAGAGCGGUUGAGUCCAGACAAGGGUCAAGCCCAGAGAGCGUCACCUCCAUGAGUGUGGAGAAGUCGAAAGGAAGCCGUGCCCUCAAGAAAGAGAGAGACGGGCCGGAGACGAGGCAGAUGAUGGAUGAACCUCAGCAAACAGUGAAGGAGGUGAAAACUCAGAGAUUGCCACAUGAAACAGAAAUCUACCAGGAGGAAGCAGCAGAGCUGAGGUCUGAAAUAGAGCGGCCGGACACGCUGCAGGUCAAGCAGGAAACAGCUGUCUUGGCAGGACGCAGCGGAGCAGACGAGCUGGUGGGUCGUCUGGAGGCUGAGAGGAGCCAGCUCCACGGCUCCCUGCAGCGCUGUGUGUACGAGAUCCAACAAAGAGACCAGUACUUACUGCAGCUCAACACCAAGCUGCAGCAGUCAAUGGAGGAGAAAGGUACGGUUGCGGCUCAGCUGAGGGCCGUUUCACAAACCCUGAGGGACACCCAGACCCACUGCCACUGGCUGGAAGGCCAAGUCCAAAGUCAGGCUCAGGGGUCAGUAUAUGCUGAGGUUGCACCUGGAGCCCCCCAGGAGAAGAGCAACGACUCCAUGAUGGCUGAAACAUCUGAAGCCCAUCAACUCCGAGAGAGGAUGCUUGAGUUGGAGCAGAGUCUGGCAGAUGAGAGAGCGCGGAGAGAGACAGCUGAGGAGGCUCUGCGACUCGCUGAGGACAGAGUGAAGAGUGUUGGUUCCAGUCUGUCCAGAGACAGCCAGAGAGACUUCAGUAUUGAGAUGGAAACAGAAGAGGAGUGGGACGCUCUCAGUCUGAACCCAAACCAGCCGCUCAUCACACGGAAGGUCAAAGGGGGCGUGGUCCUCUGCCGCCGCUGGCUCAGGGGGCGGAGCAUGUACUUCUCCAGGCUGCUGACGAGUCGCGCCCGCUCUCGAUAUUUCUUCCUGGGCUACUUACUCACGAUCCACGUGCUCGUCUUCAUGUGCCUCACUGGUGCGCUGUAACCAGGUCACGCUGAGAACAGACGCUAAACGGUGAAGGUCGAGAUCGUUUCCUAUCUGUGACAGAAAACACGGUUAAAAGACUUAAUCUGACACCUACACGGUAACUGGAGAGGCUGCUUUUAAAUCUCCGUUCUGACACUACAGCGUUAUUUGGAAUCCUGCACCAGAUUUUAUUUAUUUUUGUCUUUAAUCGUCAGAAUGAACUCGUCAGUUAAUGCUCACUCGCAGGUUUCUUUCUCUAAAUGUUCAAUCAAAGCCUUAAAAGCGUGAUUCUUUUCCUGCCGUUUCAUCGGCAUGUUGUCGACGGAGACGAGGGUUUCAGAAAAUCCUCAUGGAGUCUAUGGAGUAGAGAAGAGGAGGAAAGGAAACGAGGAUGUCCACUCUUUUAUAUGAAAUCCUAAGAAGGUGCAGAAAGCCAUAUCUGUUCUUAAACUCGACCGGAUGAGUCCAGUUUAGGAACUCAUGCUAACGAGGUUCAAACAUGCAAACAUCUUAAAAAUGUUCUGUUACCAUAACCAGCGCUGGAGACGCCUCUGACACUGGAGCUGGUUUCUGCACCGAUCCAAUACCAAUAGAGCCGACACACUGGGGCUUUGUAUGCCUUCAUUUUAGAGAUAGGAGGGUGGAUAGAAACCUGGGAGGGACAGAAAGGGGAAUGACAUGCACAAUGUCAGGAUUCGAACCCAGGCCACCAACUCUAAGGACUGAAACCUCUGUACAUGGGGUUGGCGCUUACCGCUAGGCUACCGGCGCCCCAAUCCAACACAUUUUUAACCCCAGACUAAAUCAACUGAUUUCAUUUGUUCUUUGCUUUCCAUUGUUCCCUUUAUCGGAGAGGACAGCUGAGGGGAGACAGGGAAUGUUGGGAAGGAUAGAGUCGGGGGUGACAUGCAGUUAAGGGUCAAGGUAGAUUCGAACCCACAGGCACUGCAACGAGGACUACAGCCCCCGUACAUGAUAGAUCUAAUGAAGGCAGAAAUUACCCUAAAAAGAUUGUUUUAAAGACUUUAAAGUCAGGCAACGCAACAAUGAAAGCAACACUUUAGAAUUCAAACAGAGUGGGGCGCCGAUAGCCUAGCGGUUAUGAUGUGUGCACCAUGUACACAGGCAAUAGUGUACCCCCCCCCCCGCUCUCUGCUCCCAUCACUUCCUGUUUCUCUUCAGCUGUCCUCUCCAAUCAAGGCAUAAGAUCUUAAAAAAAAAAGUCAGGGUCAGUGAACGCUGUUAUACUUCAAGUCUCACACUGGUAUCGGAUCGGUGGCCCAGAGGGGCGGAAAGUGAUAUCGGAACAUUUUCAAUCCUUCUCUCAUUAAACGAUGUCACCAGCUGCUCUUUUUCUCCCCCCGCCCGCCUGGUCUCAUACUUUGCACAUAAUGGCGAUGCUGGGUUCAAACUAUGCACUGAUUCUCUUUAAAACGUGUAAAUAAUAAUCUCAUAGAAAGAACACUUCUACACCUCUCCCACUCCCUCCUGUUCCCUUUAACUGUAAAGCCAAAGGUGUGUGUGUGUGUGUGUGUGUGUGUGUGUGUGUGUGUGUGUGUGUGUGUGUGUGUGUGUGUGUGUGUGUGUGUGUGUGUGUGUGUGUGUGUGUGUGUGUGUGUGUGUGUGUGUGUGUGUGUGUGUGUGUGUGUGUGUGUGUGUGUGUGUGUGUGUGUGUGUGUGUGUGUGUGUGUGUGUGUGUGUGUGUGUGUGUGUGUGUGUGUGUGUGUGUUCUCACCUCGGCUCUCAUGCCUGUUUAAACACAGUGAGAGACAACGGCUUCCAAAUACCCUUAAAUCUUUAUCGGUGUGUGUUGGCGUGCAGAAGAGAUCAGAGUGUGUUUAAGGGUUCCUGUAUUUAUUAGUGCAUCGAUCAUGGACUGUAUGUUUGUAUAUAUACAUUUCUAUCCUGUCUGCUUGAUGACUGUACAUUUCUUUUUGAUUGUUUAAAAAAUGUGACGGGUAAGAGACGGGAUUGUCACGGUGGCGGGUCAAUUAACAGGCCAAAGAAAAGUCGCCUCUUGGCCCGAUAAUCGAUCCAUGUGCGUAGAAAUCCUCUUGUUGAUGGUACUCUGUCCUGAUGAUGUGUACAUAAAGGACGACACGAUGAACUGAAUCUAUUUAUGAAAAAGAUAGACUACUGAUGAAUUGUUCAGAUGGCAUAUUUUCUCUGCUGCCGCUAUUUUUAAGAGCGAGUGACGCCGUCGGCCUUCAGAUGACACGAGGCUGAACUCUGUGCAAUACUGUGUCGGUGAGGGGAACCCUUUCAGGUCCUCCUUCAACAUCUCCAGAGAAUUUAAUAAAAAGCUUAACAAACGUU